UUUAGUAUGAGGAAGGGCAGAGGAAGAACCAGCCGGGUCAGAAGACAGAAGCUUCUCAGAAGUUCUGAAUCAAGAGGAGUGCCCGAGAGCCACAAGCCCGAAUUUAUUGAGCUUAAGAAGUGGCUGAAAGACCGGAAGUUUGAAGAUACAAACUUAAUACCGGCUCGUUUUCCAGGUACUGGAAGAGGGCUGAUGAGCAGAACAUCCCUGCGGGACGGACAGGUGGUCAUCUCGCUGCCCGAGACCUGCCUGCUCACUACGGACACAGUGAUGAGGAGCUACCUGGGAGCGUACAUUGCCAGGUGGCAGCCUCCCCCGUCGCCUGUGCUGACUCUGUGCACCUUUCUGGUUUCUGAGAAGCACGCCGGGGAGCGGUCGCCCUGGAAGCCUUACCUGGACACUCUGCCGUUGGCCUACACCUGCCCGGUGUGCUUGGAGCCCGAGGUGGUGGACCUUCUUCCCAAGCCACUGCGGGCCCAGGCCGCAGAGCAGAGGGCCCGCGUCUGGGAGAUGUUUACGGCCGCCAGGGGUUUCUUCUCGUCGCUGCAGCCGCUGUUUCCCCAGGAGGCCGUGGAGAACGUCUUCAGCCCCAGCGCCUUCCUGUGGGCCUGGUGCACGGUCAACACGAGGGCCGUGUACCUGCGGCAGCGGCCCGGCGACUGCUCGGCGCUCGCCCCCUUCCUGGAUCUGCUGAACCACAGUCCACACGUGCAGGUAAAAGCAGCAUUUAAUGAGGAAACACGCCGGUACGAGAUCAGCGCGGCCCCUGGCUGCCGGCGGGGCGAGGAGGUCUUCAUCUGCUAUGGCCCGCAUGACAACCGGUGCCUGCUGCUGGAGUAUGGCUUCGUGGCGGCCCACAACCCACACGACAGUGUCCCUGUCACCCUGGAUACACUUGUUAAAUAUCUUCCAUCAGCAGAUAAACAGAUGAACAAAAAGAUUUCCAUUUUGCGGGAUCACAACCUCACAGAAGACCUGACGUUCGGCUGGGAUGGGGCGUCGUGGAGGCUGCUCACGGCUCUGAAGCUGCUGUGUCUGCGUGCAGGAGAAUUUACAUGCUGGAAGAAAGUACUUCUUGGGGAAAGGAUUUCUGAUACCAACGAGAAGAUGAGUUUGGACGUAGCCCAGAAAGUCUGCCGCUGUCUCCUGGAGGAGAGCGCCGUGGGGCUUCAGGAGGUUUCUCGUAAGAAAGACCAAGACGUGGCCUUGACCGGCCAGCUGACGCUGGUGGAGAUGCUUUGGGCAGAAGAGCUGAAGAUGCUGCAGGCGUCCGCUGAGGCCCUGAUUGGCCUGCAGGCAGCGCUGAGGUGA